UCUAACGGCAACCCUCAUCAUGAAAUUAAUCACAGCUGUGAUAGCGGAAAACGGCAUUGCUAUCUGUUUGCAUUAAAAUUGGUGUUCAUAAUAAUGACAAGAUACCGAUUUCCGGCAGCAUUUUGUCGGUAUUUUCACUCUGAUGUUAACAUUGCAUAGAGAAGCAUUAUAUUUACUACGGCUAAGUUAUGACUGAUAGACAUACGUGCGCAUAUGUCAUCGAGCGAUAUUCCGUUGGGAGCAAAAAAUAUCCAGGAGCAUAUCCAAACCAGCGAACACUAAGACACAGCGCAGAUGUCUCCAGAGCCACUUUGCGGGAUGGAGGCCGCGUCCAUUACAUCCCGGCCGCUCUCGCCUGUCACGUCGGCCGCAUUUCUCAUUGUGCGAGACGACGACCGUGAGGGCAACGGGCAGAACAGCCGUCACCUUAAUGUCUCCCUGCCUGAUCAUGAAACGCUCACAAAGAUCCGCCGGCUCGCCCGCAAUAUUUUACGGACUUGCUCUUGUGGUGGAGGUGACGUGAGUUCAAUUCCCAUGAAGCUCAGCCAAUGGAGCACUCCGGUCCCGUUGCACGUGUGCAAAAGGAUCAUCCGGCGUACCAAUUUGCUCCUCAUAUCCGAAGGCUGCGAGGCGAGGACAGGGAUGAAGAUGAGACCUCCCGGCCCUCUGCUGAUCCUGCUCUAUGUCACGCUGUCAAAGUGUCUCAAGGUGGUCUCCAAGAGAGGCUCAGUGGACGGCUGCACGGACUGGUCGGUGGACUACCUGCAGUACCAGGUUCUGCAGGGCGAACCGGUGCGGCUAAAGUGCGCCCUGUUCUACGGCUACAUCCGCGCCAACUACAGCCAGGCUCAGAGCGUGGGCCUCAGCCUCAUGUGGUACCGCAGCUCGGGCCUGGGCCACAGCGACUUCGAGGAGCCCAUCUCCUUCGACGGCGUCCGCAUGAGCAAGGAGGAGGACGCCAUCUGGUUCAGGCCCGCCGACCUCCAGGACGUGGGACUCUACUCGUGCGUGUUAAGGAACUCGACUUACUGCAUGAAGGUGUCCAUGUCGUUAACUGUGGCAGAAAACGACACGAACAUGUGCUACAACUCCAACAUGCGGCGGACGGAGAAGGCGGAGCUCAGCAAGAGCAAAGACAUCCUCUGCCCCGACAUCGACGACUACGUCGAGCCCGGCAAGGAGCCGGACAUUACCUGGUACAAGGAAUGUCAUCCAAAGCGAUGGCGCGCCAGCGUCAUCCAGAAGAGAGACAUUCUCUCCUUCCAAGAGGUGACGGAGGACGACAUCGGGAAUUACACCUGCGAGGUCCAGUUUGGCGGCUUUGUGGUCAGGCGGACGACGGAACUGGCCAUCACCGCCCCUUUGACCGACAAGCCGCCCAAGAUCCUGUUCCCCUUGGAAAACAAGAUUAGUAACAUGGAACUGCAGCUCGGAGCCGCUCUGAACCUGACGUGCCGGGCGUUCUUCGGCUACAGCGGCGACGUCAUCCCGCUCAUCUACUGGAUGAAGGGAGAUAAGUUCAUCGAGGACCUGGACGAGGAGCGGGUGCAGGAGACCGAAAUCAAAAUCGUCAAGGAGCACCUGGGCGAGCAGGAAGUGGCCGUCUCCCUGACCAUCGACUCGCUGGAGGAGGACGACCUGGGAAAUUAUUCGUGUUACGUGGAGAACGGCAACGGGCGUCGGCAGGCCACCGUGCAGCUCUUCAGGAAGGAGCUCAUGUACACGGUGGAGCUGGCCGGGGGUCUGGGGGCCAUCCUGCUGCUGCUCAUCUUCCUCAUCUCGCUGUACAAAUGCUACAGGAUCGAGUUGAUGCUCUUCUACCGGCGCCACUUCGGCAGUGAGGACCUGGACGGAGAAAACAAAGACUAUGACGCCUACCUGUCCUACACCAAAGUGGACCCUGACCAGUGGAGCCAGGAGACCCGAGAGGAGGAACGCUUCGCCCUGGAGAUCCUCCCCGACGUGCUGGAGAAGCAUUACGGCUACAAACUCUUCAUCCCCGACCGGGACCUCAUUCCAACUGGAACUUACAUCGAGGACGUGGCGCGCUGCGUGGAUCAGAGCAAGCGGCUCAUCAUCGUCAUGACCCCCAACUACGUGGUGCGUCGCGGCUGGAGCAUCUUCGAGCUGGAGACGCGCCUGCGCAACAUGCUGGUCACCGGCGAGAUCAAGGUGAUCCUCAUCGAGUGCGCCGAGCUGCGCGGCAUCAUGAAUUACCAGGAGGUGGAGGCCCUCAAGCACACCAUCAAGACCCUCACCGUGAUCAAGUGGCGCGGCCCCAAGAGCAACAAGCUCCACUCCAAGUUCUGGAAGCAGCUGCAGUACGAGAUGCCCUUCAGACGCACCGAGCGCAUGCUGGGCCUGGAGCCGGCGCUGGACGUCAGCGAGCGGGGCGCCUUCGGCGAGCUGCAGACCGUCUCGGCCAUCUCCAUGGCGGCGGCCACCUCCACCGCCAUGGCCACCGCCCACCCGGAGCUGCGCUCCUCCUUCAACAACUCCUACCACACCACCGUCAGGCAGAAACACUACUACCGCAGCUACGAGUACGACGUGCCCGUGGGGGGCACCCUGCCGCCGCUCUCGUCGCUGGGGAGCCAGCACACCUACUGCAACAUCCCCCUGACGCUGCUCAACGGGCAGAGGCCGCCCGGGAAGAGCCGCGAGCACAGCCUGGAGGAGGCGCACGCCAACAACGCCAUGCUGCCCCUGCUGCCCCGCGAGACCAGCAUCUCCAGCGUCAUCUGGUAACGCGCUUCGGAGUCGGCGCUUCCGCCGAUCGUUUUUCUUUUGUUUUCCUCUUUCCUUUCUUUCUUGGCCAGACUCCGUUUUCCACAGACGCUCUCGUCAAGGGUUCUAUUCUACGUGGACAUUUGUAAUCGUUAAAGGACUCCUCACACGUGGAAUUAACGCCGUCAUGGACACAAACCACACGCGCAACACACAUCCGUCCGUCCCCCCCCCCCCGCGAAAGGAAAACAGGGUCUUCUGUACAUAUUUCUCCGUUCAUUUGUAGCAUUCCUCUUCCGUUUUCUCAUUCACACGUCUGUUGCCUUCUCUAUCCUAGGAGUUUGCUUUAACUUCCAGAGGUGUAUCUUUUUUUCUAUCACUUUUUUCAUUUUGUUUCGUUCGUAUUUUAAUGCCCAUGUGCUCGUUUGCAAAGCCAGUUAUGCAGUGUACUCUUUCAUUUGAAAUAUUUGUAUACUUUAUAGGUUUUCCUGGACAUUUUAUCAGCUUCCGGGAGCUGGACCGACUUCUUUUUGGUGAUUUGACCUGUAAAAGGUGUAUCUACUUACAAAAAAAAAAAAAAACGGAAAAAAAAGGAAUAUCAAUGACAACAACAUCAACAACAACAAAAAAAUCAUAGAAUAUGCAAAAAUAAAAAGUGAGGGGCUGAGAAGAAGGGGGCGGGGCUUGUCCACACCAAUCAGCCCCCCGCAGCAGCGGCGGACGACGACGACGAAGACCACGUUGGGUAUUUUCUAUUUGAGACGCUGUUUGUGAAUGCCUCACCUUAAAAAAGGAAAGUGUAGAUUAUUUUAAAAAAAACAAACAAAAAUAACUCUAUUUUUAUAAGCGGUUGCCUGAGGAGUCACAUUUUUUUUUUUUUUGCUUCAUCCGCCAAGGGAGGACAAUUCAGUGGUUUCUACACGACUUUUGAAUCCCACAUAAACUCAAAUCAUUUUCAUUGUUUUUUUUUUUAAAGAAAAAAAACAAUAUUCACAUUCUGAUAACUGCUUUGGUUUCCUAUGUAACAAUAAUUCAUGUUUAAGGCAAGAAAAAGAGUACAUUUGUGUUUUUUGGGGGAGAAGACUUUAGAUAUAUUUGAAGGUGUGACAUUUUUUGAGUAUGCAUAGCAAAUAGAUAUGUAUUCUAUAUAUAAUAUAGAUAUUUAUAUAAAUAUAUAAACACAAUUUUCACGCGGAGAGAAAUGUCUAUCUUUAUAGGAACACGAGUCAUGAUCAGUUGCCCUUAUACUUUCUCACUGCACAUUAAAAACAACUUUGAUUUCCUUUGCAUGCCUCCCCUUUUUUGUAAAACUCCAGGUGGCGCUAAAAAAAACCCAAAUAUUAAAGUGCCACUGUCAUGAAAUGCAUAUGAUUUUUAGGUUGUUAUCAGUGGAAAAAAAGGCAGCCGGAAUGGACCCGUCCGUAUUUUUUCAACCCACAACAAUUUUGACGUAUAUGCCUUUUCCUGCCAUGAAAAUCCUCUCGAGGGAUUUGUUUUCGAGAAGAAGCAGGAAGUGACGUAAAGGACAGUGGCGCCCCCAAGUGGACUCCUUUGUUUCCAUUAGUUGUACCUCCGGGAAGGUAGCUCGUUGUUCUUUCGUGUUAGCCAAAAUGAUAUUUUAUGGAUAUUGUUCGAACACCCGGGAGGAUGGAUUGAUUCUUCAUACUUUUCAAAUGAUUCGGUUCAUUGUGAAAAAUGGAUUGCACGGGUGCAAAGGACGAGAGCGCCGUGGGUUCCAAAUG